AUGAUAUACGAUCAUGCGCAAUCUGAGAAAUUGGCAAAUACAAUAAUUGUAAAUGAAAACAGUUUGGAGAUAAAUAAUAUUAUGGAAUGGCAGCAAAUUAUGAAUAGAUCCCUUCUAUUAUAUACCCCGGAACAUGAAACAACUGCCACCAUAAUGCAUAAUGUCUCCAAGUCAUUGGGCCUAACAGAAAAUCCCAUGGGAUAUAAAAAUGAAGAUCAGAUGCUGAACAUUUUCAAUAGAAAUACCACUCUCGCAGUAGUUAUAUUUCAUGAAUUCUCUAGCGAUUUUUUAUCCCUAACCCUACGAUUUCCCAGUCAAUUUCGUACCUUACAAAGUGGCCACAAUUGUUCGAAUUCCGAUUGUUUUUGGUCCAUGAGAAAUGUGGACAGUGAGAUUGAAAAUCUCAAUAUAUAUCUUAAGGAAGGCUUCCUACAACUACAACAUUCUAUUUUCGAAGCUUGGGCGAAGUUUUACAAUAAGGGUCUGGAGGAAAAACUUCCAUCAUUGAGUUUUAAAGCAUUUCAACACAGCGCAGGAGGAGGACAGACACAGUAUGAUGGCCAGAAGAAUGCUACACAUUUCAUCUGGACAUUUUAUUAUUUUAUAUAUUUGGUACCAUUUCUAAAUCUGGUGAGGAAAGUCUCCAAUGAAGUCGAAAACCAUAUUCCAAGUCAUUGUUCUGUUUACGGAAUAUCCUACAUUGAUUACUGGAAUGGUCAUUUUAUAGCAGCAUUUUUGCAUUUAAUGAUUAUUAAUUUGCUGAUUUUGGGAUUUUUAUUGAUUGAAUGGUCCCUUAGUGGCCAUAAUAUCCAACGUCAUCUGGGAUAUCAGCUUCUGUUCUUGAUUCUCUACAGUUCCAUGUUAAUAUUAAAUGCUUUCAUUUUGACCAUAUUAUUUGGUCCAAAUAGAAGAUCGGCUUUAUUUAUGGCAGCCUCUCUGUGGAUUGCCAGUUAUGCAAUUUUCUCAAUCAAAUUAGGAAACUCAGACGUCAUUGACUUCCAAACCAUUUUCUAUAUGCUAAUAUUCUUUAAUAAUUUCUUUCCAUUUGGAAUGGAAUAUUUGGAAACAAAUUCUGACGACAUAGUUCUCUAUAAAAUUUGGUUGCUCUUCUUUAUACAAAUAUGUGCCAUUGUAUUUUAUUGCUGCGUCCUAUACUUCCUAAAACCCAGCUCUGAAAUACAUUCGAAGGAAUCAAAAUUUCCCGAAAUCUCUACCAAGAAGGAGGAGGAGUUCAUGAAUGAAAAUAUUUCCUUAUUUUAUAAUUACGCACACAAAGACACGAAUUGGAAAUCUUUUGAAUACGGUCCAGUGGAGGGUCAUCUAUUGCUGCUACAGAAUGUCUCAACAUUUCAAGAUAAAUAUGAUUCGAAACCGGGUUUAAAAAAUAUUUCAAUGAGAAUAUUUAAAAAUGAAAUUUCUGUAAUUGUGGGUCCUCAGGGUAGUGGUAAAACCACCUUCAUAUCUCUUUUAUCGGGAUCCCUGAAAUAUAAGGGCAAUAUUUAUUUCAAUCAAAAUAAAGAACUAUCCAAAAACUGGUCCACCUAUUGUUCCAAUAUGGAUGUGAUAAUGGGUCCUCAUAAUCAUCUUUAUGAACAUUUGACCGUUGCCGAACAGCUGAAAUAUAUUUUAAUUCUGAAACAAAAGUACCCUGAAGAUCAGCUAGAUGCAAUACAAAGGGAACUCAACAAAUGGUUGUUACUAUUGAAAUCGUCUAUAAAUGAUUCAAAUCAACAUAUACGAAAUCUAAAUUACAAUCAGAAGCAUCUCGUGACACUUUGCUGUGUUUUAUCGGGUAAUACGCAAAUUAUUCUAUUGGAUGAUCCCACAAGGUAUAUGGAAUUGGAGGAACGUCACAGCUAUUGGAAUAUUUUGCGGCAAGAACGCAGAAAUCGCUGCAUAAUAAUGACAACAUCUUCCAUAGAUGAAUCAAAUGAAAUUGCAGAUCGUAUUGGAAUUUUAAAUGCAGGAAAAUUAGUGGCAUGGGGUUCCCCAUUCUUUUUGCAGAACAAUCUUGGCAAGGGAUUCAAUUUGGUCCUACUCCUAAAACCAGACGUAUCCGUGAAACCCAUAACAAAACUAUUGGAGACAUAUAUACCCAACAUUACUGUGCAUGCACAAUUCAAAGAUCGCAUCGUUUAUAUUCUUCCACGACAAAAAAUACGAUUAUAUCAAAAAUUACUCAUGGAAUUGGAAAGAGAAAGCUCAAAUUUUGGAAUCUCCAGUAUGUAUGUGACCGGUUAUGAUUUGAAUGAUAUUUAUAUGGAACUAACUGGACUCAUCCAAAGCAAAGUCAAUAAAAACUCCUACAAAACCUUAUCACUCCCAAGCAAAUUUCCAAUACAACCGCAUUCUAAAAUAUCCCUAAUGAAAACUUUGUUCUAUAAGAAGUUAUUAUAUCAAGCGUCAAAUAUUGUUCCAGUAUUUGUGAUAUUUCUUACACUGCUCUUGAUAGCCGGCAUUCCGAAAAUGUUUGCAAAUUUUAAAUCAUUACAUCGCAUAGAAAUGGGCUUGAGCACGAAUUUGGAUUCUCAGAAGAAUUGGAAAAAUUGUAAAUACUUUGAAAUAGUUGAGAUAGAGAACCGGAAUACAUUAAAAUCCAAUUGGAAACCUCAAAAGUGGUUUGUGAAGAAUUUAAAAUGUGGUGAGAGUGAGUAUCGCAAAGAUAUAUCCGCGAAUGGACAAUUUGGAGCUGUUGAAAAAGACGAUGCAAAUCAUUUGACAUUGUGGCUAAAUGAAGAAGUUUUCCAUGGUCCAGCAUUGGUAUUAAAUUUGGCACACAAUGUUAUACUGAGUAUUAAACAACUGAAAUCUAUGUGUUAUCCCCACGAUGAUGAUCGGGUAAUUGAGGAAAAAGUACGUAUAUCAAAUAUGAAUUUGGAGGAGUGCAAGCAACAUACACUUCUGAUAGAUCAAUUGGAAUAUGAAAUACCCAAAGAAGGAGACAAUGUAAAUGUCAUAUCCUUGGCUCUCAAAAGUCACGACUGCGUGGGAAUUUUUGGCUGCUCGAAAAGUGGUAAAUCCCACCUAAUUCGACAAUUAAUUGGUGAAGAAGGUUUCAGUUUUGGUGAAGUCUACAUCUGUGGCAAUGAAAUCAAGAAUGCCACACAAAAAGCCCUAACAAAUAUUGGCUACAUUCCACAAAGCGAAACCCCAUUCGAAGGAGCUACACCACAACAAAUAUUGAAGUUAUUCUUCAUGCUACGCGCAGCGGAAGUACCAAAGUCAAAAUUUAAUGAAACAAUAAGAAGUCUCACAAGAGUAUUCCGACUACGGAAUUAUAUGAAUAUUCGAAUCAGUGAAUUGCCAAAACAUAUUCGACGUCGUCUAAGUUUUGCCAUUGCUCUAAUCUUGCAUAAUCAGUUACUUAUAUUCGAUGAACCCACAAAAGGCUUAGAUGCCUCCGAACGACACUUGCUAUGGUACAUUAUGAAGAAGUUACGUGAAAAUGGUAAUACGAUACUAUUCACAUCACAAGAAUCCAUGGAACUGGAACAGUUGGCAGAUUAUAUUAUUGUUUUGCAUAAUGGGGAAAUGUUGGCAAUGGGUAGUCCACAAGAUUUGAGGCAAAAAUAUAAUCGUGGUUUUUAUAUGGAAAUCAAAUUGAAAAUGGAUGGAAUGACUUUAGAUGAAAUUGAAAAGAAGUAA